GGCCUUCCACACUCCUGAGGAAGUUUCGUUUUCUCUGCUGUUUCCGACCGCACGCUGUGCUGACUGCCCGCUGCAGCCCGAGGGACAGGACAAGACAGGGUAGGACCGGGUAGGACCGGGUAGGACCGGGAAGGACAGGGUAGGACCGGGUAGGACCGGGAAGGACAGGGUAGGACCGGGAAGGAUAGGGUAGGACCGGGUAGGACAGGGUAGGACCGGGUGUAGACCUCGUUAGCACUUUAGGAUACAGACUAAAAUGUCCACGAUCAAACAGCUUUCCUUGACUUACGAUCCGAUUAAUAGCAGUAACACUUUCACAAAUGGCGAUGUUAUUAAUGGCCAAGUCAUUUUGGAAGUGAAUAAAGAAGUUACGAUCGAUGCCCUUUAUAUAAAGUGCAAAGGGGAUGCAAAAGUCAGUUGGAGCGAGCGGCGCAAUGAUACACAUUACCAUUACAGCGCGAGUGAGAGAUACUUUAAACUCAAACAGUACUUUAUUCAGGACCCCGCCAAGAAAGGAACAGAUGAUCCCGGGGUUGUAUUAACAAGUGGCGAGCUCUACGGCAAUGUGGUUAAACCCGGAAGGCAUGUUUACCCAUUUUGCUUUCAGCUGCCCCAUGGAAAUUUUCCACCAUCGUUUACUGGACAUCAUGGCUCAGUAAAGUACAUUCUUGAAGUCACACUGGACCGUUCAUGGAAAAUGGACCGCACUGAAAAAAAAGAAAUCACCUUUUCUCCAAAGCUUACUGGAAUAAAUUUAAUGAGCCCACAGACUGGCUGUGUUGACAAAAAGAUGAAUAUUUUCUCCUCUGGAAGCACCUCAGUGAAAUCAACAGUUGAUAAAAUGGGUUAUAUGAAAGGUGAGGUCAUCAAGGUUUCCAAUGACGUUAAUAACUCGUCAUCCCGUGAUCUCAAGCUGAAGUACAGUCUGGAGCAAAAACAGUCCUAUUUUGCACAGGGUCGCUCCAAGCGUUCCUGCCGUAAUAUUUUCAAAAUUGUUGGGGAUCCUAUCCCAUCUGGAGUCAGGCAAACAGUCAACACAGACCUGACGCUUCCAGAUAAUCUGGACAUGAGCAUUACAAACUGCAACAUUAUGAAAGUGGAUUAUGUAUUUAAGGUCUAUUUGGAUGUGCCCUAUGGUAGUGACCCAGAGAUCAAAUUCCCAUUGAUCAUUCUCCCUGCAGCCAUGAUGGUUGCUCCACAGCAAAACCAACCAGCUUUUCAGCCUAAUAGGAACCCAAGUGGACCAGGUUAUAAUCAAGUAUGGAAUCAACCUCCACCGCAGCCUGCAUUUGGGCCCAGUCCCCCAGGUGCUACCUUUGGAGCAGCUCCAGGGUUUUACCCCGGUCCAUACCCUUCACCUAUGUGUCCAGAAGCAGCUCCUCCAUCCUAUGAAGCCCUCUAUCCAAAUGCAUCAGCCCCAGGAUUCAAUCCAGCUCCAUCAGCUCCACCCUUUAAUCCACAGUGUGCUCCUAUGGGUUAUCCAAAUCCACCUGUCCCUCAACAACAUCCAGUACCGAGUGCCCCACAGUUCUAUCCAGGGCCUGCUGGCCCAGGCUAUGAUCCAGCAGGAGCCCCUCCAGGAUACUGGCCAAAUCCGACCACCCAACCAGAAUCUUAUCCAACUAAAUCCCCUGAGAAACAUGAAUAAUCUGAAAGUUUGAUGACAAGAAGUUGAGAUAUGGAUGACAUUGUGGUGCAAGGGAAUGGGAGGGUUGCUGGAAUUUUAUGCAGCAUAUAUGCAAUGUGUGCAUAUUAUAUUGUGCACCUAUAUUCUAAUAUUAUUAUUAUUAUUAUUAUUACACUAUAUUUAUAUCUCUAAAUUACUACUACUAAUACACUAAUAAUAUACAGUGGAUAUAAAGUCUACACACCCCUUUUAAAAUGAUCGUUUUUUCUGAUGUAAAAAAAAUGAG